AUGUUUGGCGUGUUUACUUGUUCCAGCGGAACGUGUGGAAAUGCCAUAGCCCACUGCAAAGACACGCUCGGCAGUGGGACUACGCCAUUGAAGAAAUACGUGGAUAUUCAAUUCUUAAUUGUUUCGAGCGAGAUCUUUUCAACGAUCUGUUCCAAAACGAUGUUUAUUAAAGGCAUUAGACGUAAUUAUGACAAAGUCAGCCAAGAUGACAGCAUUGCUGAUGAAGAUAAGAUAGAUGCUUUGUUGAUCAAACUGGGUGGUGAGUUUCUUGUCAGUACCCAGCUCGAAUACUUCGAUGUGCGUCAAGCCGUAGAAGACAUCCAGCAAGGCGCAUAUGCAAAACUUCCAUACACUUCAAAAGUAUUGGCCGAACAGCUGGUACGCCGUUGUGAUCCAGCCAUUCUCGAACAGUCUUUAAAAGAACUAAUUAACCCAUUAGUCGACCUUGCAGGCAACGGCAUCAUGCACCAAAUCAACUUGGAGAAAAUGUCUCCAGUGAUUCAAAACCGUGAAGCUGAAAAUGUCAUGCUUGGUCGUGCAUCUUGGAUGCGCCUUCCAGACAUUAUCGGUGUGGAAUUGGUGGGACAGCGCAAAGCUGGCAUCACUGCCACAGAUAUCGUUUUAGCGCUGACAGAAUUCUUGCGUAAAGAACGUGUAGUGGGUGCAUAUUUAGAAUUCUUUGGUGAAGAAUAUGGCGCAACUGCGGCAAUGUUCUAUAUCGACCAGAACACCAUUGAUUAUUUAACCUUGACUGGUCGUGAAUCUGACCAAAUCAAAUUGGUAGAAAGUUAUGCCAAAGAAAUUGGUCUUUGGGCAUCAGAUAUGCAACAAGCAGAAUACCCUCGGGUACUUCGUUUCGAUCUUUCAACCGUAACACGUUCUAAAGCUGCUGCACUUUAUCUUGAAGAAGCUGGCGUACUGGAAGAUUUAGAAAAGCUUGGUUUUGGUAUCGUGGCUUAUGCAUGUACGACGUGUAACGGUAAUCGUAACUUUGAUGGUCGUAUCCAUCCUUAUGCAAAACAAGCAUUCUUGGCUUCACCGCCUUUGGUAGUGGCUUAUGCAAUUGCGGGCACAAUUCGUUUUGAUAUUGAAACGGAUUCAUUGGGCAAUGACAAAGACGAAAAAUCAGAAAGCCCGUUAUACGAUUGGCGCCCGCAAAGUACUUAUAUUCGCCGUCCACCGUAUUGGGAAGGGGCUUUGGCUGCACCACGUACAUUGUCAAAUAUGCGUCCACUUGCGAUCUUACCUGACAACAUUACCACGGAUCAUUUGUCACCAUCGAAUGCAAUUAUGAUGGAUUCGGCAGCGGGUGAGUAUCUGCAUAAAAUGGGUGUCCCUGAAGAAGACUUUAACUCGUAUGCAACGCAUCGUGGUGACCAUUUGACCGCGCAACGUGCAACUUUUGCCAACCCAAAACUGUUUAAUGAAAUGGUGGUUCGUUCAGACGGUACCAUCAAGCAAGGUUCUAAAGCGCGUGUUGAACCAGAAGGCGAAGUGAUGCGUAUGUGGGAAGCGAUUGAGAUUUAUAUGAAUCGUAAGCAACCACUGAUUAUCAUUGCUGGUAAGGACUAUGGUCAAGGCUCUAGUCGUGACUGGGCUGCGAAAGGUGUUCGUCUUGCUGGGGUUGAAGCGAUUGUGGCAGAAGGCUUUGAGCGUAUCCACCGUACUAACCUUGUUGGUAUGGGCGUGUUACCACUUGAGUUUAAAGCGGGCACUGACCACUUAACCUUGGUGAUUGAACGUGCCACGGUUGAUGGUAAGAAUGAAGUGAUUGAAGUUCCUGUAACUUGUCGUUUGGAUACUGAAGAAGAAGUGCAUGUGUAUGAAGCGGGUGGGGUAUUACAACGCUUUGCACAGGAUUUCUUGGAAGGGCAAGUGGCUUGA